UACCUCCUUAUCGCCAUAAGCAUCGAGAGAUACAUUGCGAUUGUUCAUCCAGUCUACUUCGCUAUGAUCCUCAAUCGACGGCGGGUUAAGUUUAUCAUACUCCUCAUCUGGGUUCUCAACUACUUGAUCACGGCCACGUUUUCUUUCUUCAUCGUCAACUCCUAUGCGGGUAGAUGCACCAUGAUCUUCUCAACCGAUUACAUUUCCAUUCUUGUCGGGACCGCGCUGUUCGUCUACCGAGUGUUCUUCCCCUCCCUUGUCAUGUUGAUCCCCCUGGUUCUUAUCGUGAGGAAGCUGAACCGACAAGCCACCUGGUUCCGGUCAAAGACCCGCGUGAUAGCCACCGAAGACAAUAUCUACCUUGCCGCCAGGAGCCGCGUCAUCCAGCUGAUGCUGAUCGUCAUCUUGGUCUACGUGUUCUGUUGGACACCAAGUCAGUUUGCGUUCUUGCUGUACACCCUCUCAGUGAUCCCAUCCUGGUAUCCAUACAGUAUCUAUCACCGGACCCUUACCCUCAUCGGCUUCUUCAACUCUUGUGCCAAUCCGAUCAUCUAUACCUUGCGUCACUCACAGUUCCGUCAAGCCAUCAUGGAUAUCUUCAAGAGAGCUGUCACCAGAGGAAAUUCUUUGUUUGGAUAUCGACCAUCCCCUCAAGAAACAGCAAAGAGAUCCCGGUAGAAAAGUGGAUACUGCCAGAGCGCCCUAGGCCUAUCUCGACUCAACCAUUAUAGAGGUU